AUGAGCAAAAUGCCUGCUGGGGAGGACGACCUUGUUGCCGACCCUCCAUCGGCCAUCAACCCAUACGAAGUCUUAGGGAUUGAUGAGAAAGCAACAGCAGAUCAGGUCAAGUCCGCGUACAGAAAGCAGGCCCUGAAACACCAUCCAGACAAGGCGGGCCCAGACUCGAAAGAUGAAGCGCACAAGAAGUUUCAGGAGAUUGCAUUCGCAUACGCUAUUCUUUCUGAUGAACGUCGACGAAAACGAUACGACACUACCGGCAACACGUCAGAGUCCUUAGACCUCGAGGAUGACGACUUCAGCUGGGUGGAUUUCUUCCGCGAACAGCUUUCUAGCAUGGUCGAUGGAGCGGUCAUUGAGAAGCUGAAAACUGAGUACCAAGGGUCGCAAGAGGAAAGGGAGGAUUUACUUGAAGCCUACGAGAAUUUUGAGGGGGACUUAGAUCGGGUGUAUGAAGAGGUGAUGCUCAGCAACGUGCUUGAGGACGACAAGCGGUUUCGCAAGAUUAUCAAGCAGGCGAUUCGCGACGGCGAAGUCCAAGAUUGGCCCAAGUUCUCGGAGGAGUCCGCAGCCCGGCGCAACCGAAGAGUCAAAGCAGCAAAACAGGAGGCAGAAGAGGCGAAGGAGCUGGCAAAAGAGCUGGGGGUGGAAGACAAACUAUUUGGCAAGCAGGACACGAAGCGGACGAACCAGGGCAACGCGGACGAGGAUGAUGACAGCGCGCUGCAAGCGCUGAUCCAGCAGCGCCAGAAGAGCCGGGGCGCCACCUUCCUGGCCAACCUCGAGGCGAAAUACGGGGGCGCGUCGCGAGGGGGGAAGGGCCAGAAGAGGGCGGCGGCGGACGCGAACGAGCCGCCCGAGGAGGCGUUCCGGGCGAAUCGGGCGCGGACAGCGACGAAAAAGAAGCAAAAAGCCGGUUGA